AUGACCACCCCGCGAAGCGCUCUGCUUUCUCGUGCUUUAUUCUCGGUCUUGUCCGGAACGGCCUCUCGACGACGGCCGCUGAAUUUCCGCAUGUCGCAACCAGGUCCGGGUGCCAGCAGCGGCGAGGCGGUGCCGUCGUCCUCGGCGUCGUCGAGACGCGACGGAAACGACUUCACAGUCCCGGCGACGCCGCCCAUCGCCAACGCACAUGCCGAAGCCGGCGCCACAUCCUCAACCCUCCACGCCUCCGGCAUCAUGGACGGCAUCUCCGGUGCCUCGCAAAAGGCAUGGGCUUCCUCCUCGACUUUCGAACCCUCCAUAACAACGGCCGCGGGCUCGGCGCCGCAUGAUUCGUCCCAAACCACACCCGACUCGCAAGAAUCCGUCACCAUGAAUUCCGGUGACACAAGGCCGGCUGGUGACCUGCUGGCCAUUGGAGCCGCCGGCUCUCAAGAAGCCAAGAGCCAGGCUGGACAACAACUGCUGCAGCUUUCGGCCAUUGCUGCCGCGCAACAACGUCUUGACCAAGAGGACGCCGCGGUUGGCUCGCGGAAACGCACGGCCAACGGCGAGGUCAAGAUGCGAAGCAGGAGUAAUAGUCCAAUCAAGGGUCAUGGCAGAAGUAUCAGUGCCGUCAGCAUGAACUCGGCAGGCAGCCAUAUUGGAGACAUGUCGGCGGAUCUCAAGACACGGUUGGCGUAUGCCAUGAUGAAGGUCAACCACGGCUGGCAGUCGCGCUCCCUCGACGAAGUCGAAUCUCUCGCUUCGCAAGCCGCAUCGCCAGUCUCAAGCAACUCUACGCUCCAUCGUCGCCUAUCCUCCUCCACCAGCCCCCGACCACCGCCAACAUCCGCAGCGCAAGUCCGCUUUGCGCCUGAUCCUGUAGAACCUCGCCGGAAAUCUCACUCGCCCCCGGGACGGUCCGGCAAGCCAACUCUGGCUCCUCCAGCGCCCAUCCAGCCCUCGUUGUCCAAACAAUCCAUCAAUGGCCGUCGAAAUCCUGUACCAAGGCAUACACCUACACUUCUCACACACUCGCAUUCCGCCUCCGCCGCACACAGCUACUCACCACGACAGCAUCCGGACGCGGGUGCCAUGUCCUCAUCACAACCAUCACGUCCGUCUGAAGGCAUAGCCUACUCGCCGCAUCAAAACGUUCGAGAACAAGACGCUAUCGAGACGCUCCUGUUCAUGAGCAGUCCAAACAACUCUUCAAACCUUAAGCAUGCCUUUUCCCCGUCCGUCUCGCCUGCACCGCAACAAGGGCUUCUGCACGAGGCUAUGCACCGUAACACACCGUCAAGUAGCUUCCGAAAGGGCCUGCCUGGUCAGCGCCCACCCAUCCCCCAACGGAGGGUCGGCUUCGACCAGUCGCCAGUCAUGGGGCCGCCGCCGGGUUCGCCCAUGGAGCUGGACUCACCGCAGCAGCCAUACCGGUCGCCCAACGCCUGGACGCCAAAGCGGCGGGCCAACGGGGUCAGCGGCCAUUUGCGUGGCGCGCUGUCGCUGCCUAGCGGCCUUGGCCUCGGCAACGGUCGCGCGAGACAGGCGCUGCGCGACGAGGAUAUCGAGCGUAUGCUGGACCAGACACCCGACGACAGCUCAGACGAUGAGGACAUCAAGCUACCGCCCAGAACAAAUGGCGUGGCUGGUGCGGUUGGCAUAUAA